AUGGUAGGAAAACAGCAACUAGUUACACGCAGGAGAAGAAAUCCAGAAAGAAAUGCUUUAAAGAAACCAAAGUACGAAGAAGACUCUUCAAGCGAAUCUGAUCAGGAUGCUGCUGCUAGACCUAAGAAGAAGCAGAAUGCUAGUAAGAAAAGACCGAUAACCGAACCAAAGCCUCUCAUGUUAGCGGAAGAAACAGCUCAUGAAAUUGACCACGACCAAACUGCUGGUGAAGUUAUGCCUAGCGGCACAGCUUCCAAUGAAGUGAAAAAAAUUAUUGUAUACGAACGAAGGCGUGUAAAGUUUAAUCCGUUGGUCGUUCAGCUUGGCGAGGACGGAAGAGAUAACUUGCCACUAGAUGAUAUGAAAAUUCAGGACGGUGUCAAGCUUUCACGCCCGAACAAAUCCGCUGCUGUGCAUGUAUCUGAUCAGGCUGCGGCUGCUAGACCUAAGAAGAUGAAGAAUGCCAGUAAGAAAAGACCAAUAAAUGAACUUAAACCUCCGAAGCCUCUCACUUUUGAGGAAGUAAAAGCUGGUGAAAUCCGAUCAGAGCUGGAUGACGAUGACAGAACCACUGUUAUACUUAUGCAAAAAUCACAUGUUUCUAAGGGAUUUUGGCUGAACGUUCCAGCGAAAUUUUGUCGCUCUGCGAAGCUGCCAGAGGAUGUAGAAACUGAUUUUACUCUGGUGAACAAAGAAGGGAAAAAAUUCACUACUAAAUUCAUUGGUAGCAGAAAUGGUCUUAGUGCCGGUUGGAGGGGCUUUGCAAUAGACGAGAAGUUAAAGAAGGGAGAUGUUGUAGUCUUCCAUCUAGUUGAAGCAACCGCGCGUAUAAUAAAGGUCUACAUAGUGAGAGCACCCAAACAAGAAAGUGACGAUGAUGAUGAUGAAGAGGAAUGCGAAGAGGUUCUUGCCAGGAAGAGAAAUGUCCGGUUGAAGAUAAUGAUCCAGGAACAAGAACUCUUCAAACGAAGAAAUGACGCCAUAAGACGAGACAGAGAAAUGUACAUGAAAAAACUUCAAUCUCCUAUGUCUUCUCAGGAUGAUCAGGUCAAAUCCGAUUUAGCAGCUGGUAGCAUCUAGUUCUUACUUAGCUUGAAAGGAAAUACAAUCGAUAUGUGUUUACGCUGGGUUUUGAUAUGAAACAUGAUUCAACUUGUUAUUUUGUGUAUGUGAAUUGUCUUUUUAA